AUGGGAACAAAUAGAAAUGAGUUUGACAGGAAGGAUCUAUAUAAGAAUUUAAAUCAAAAUGUUGAAAAGUUGAGUGGAGGAGAUAUUACAUAUGUAAAAGAAAUAGAUACUACAUUAAAUGAUGACUAUCCAGAUAAUUUAUUAAAUAAUACUAAUAAGAGUAAUAUAAAUAUAAGUAAGUUAAAAAAUGAAAUCAUUGAAAAUGAUUUGUUAAAUAAUGAUAUAAAUGAUGUAAGUUUAGGUUUAGUAAAAGAUAAAACAAUAAAGAAAAGAGAGAAUGAAUUUCAGAAAAAAAAAUAUGAUUAUAUAUUAUCCCCAGAAAGAAUAGAUCCGUUUUCAGAAAAAAGUCCUUCUCCUGGUGAGAGAACAUAUACUGAUAUAAUGUUAGAAAUAAAUAAUGAAGGAAGAAAAAGUAAAAUAAUGAAUAAAACAAGCACAAAUGAAACAAAGAAAAGAAAAUUAAGAUGGGAUAAUAAUGAAAGUACAACUAAUGAAAUCAGUGAAAAUAAAAACAUUAAUAAUAAAAUGAAUGAGAAUGAAGAAAAAAAUAAAAUAAAUGAAAGUAAUAAAAAAGAAAGUGUAAAAACUAAAUGGGAUUAUGUAGACGAAGAAAGUAAUUUAAAUUUUGGAAAUAUACCUACCCCAGCCCCUAAUAAAUGGGUUGAUACUCCUUUUAUAUUAAAUGAAGGAAAUAUAAAAAAGAAAAAAAUAUCAAGGUGGGACAAAAUCGGGAAUUCAGAAAAUGUAAAUAAUGAUUUAAAAACUCCCAAAGUAUUAGCAUUAGAUACUAAUAAUAACAUAAAUAUCAUAAAUACGCCAUAUGUACCCAAUAAUACUAAUAUGUAUACCCCUUUAACACCUGGGAUAAGCUCAUUACAAACAGAUACAUUUAUUAAAAUGAAAAUAAAGAAUGAAAUGGAUAUAAGAAAUAGACCAUUAACCGAUGAAGAUUUAAAUGAAUUAUUACCAUCAGAAGGAUAUGAAAUUGUAAAACCACCAGAAGAAUAUGAAACUAUAAGAAAAAAUAAAUUGAAAGCAUUAUUUAAAAAUAUAAGUAAUACUCCGUUAUUAAAUAAUAAUAGUGUUUUAUUCAAUGAAAAUGGUUUAAGUACAAAUAUAAAUAAUUUAGCAAUUCAAGAAAAUAAAGAAAAUGAUUUAUUAGCAACACCAUAUAAUAUGCAAAGUACUUUUAUUAAUACCCCAUUUUAUGAUAUUCCAACAGCAAAUAAUACCCUAAAAGAAGAAGAGGCAAAUUAUAUUAUGCAAAAUAAGCAAUUAGAAAUAAACAAUCCUCAGUUAUUAAAUGAAUUAAAAUAUAUUCAAUUAAAAAAUGAAGAUUAUAUAUAUUUUAAUAAAUUAUUUCAAAAUGUUAAUGAAGAGGAUUUAUCUCAAGAUGAAUUAAAAGAAAGAAAAUUUAUGUUACUUUUAUUAAAAAUAAAAAAUGGAACUCCCUCUAUAAGGAGAACUGCUCUAAGAACUAUAACAGAAAAAGCAAAAGAAUUAGGACCAAAUACUCUGUUCAAUUUAAUACUGCCAUUAAUGAUGCAAAAUACAUUAGAAGACCAAGAGAGGCAUUUAUUAGUAAAAGUUAUUGAUAGAAUAUUAUUUAAAUUAGAUGAUUUAGUAAGACCAUAUGUUCACAAAAUAUUAGUUGUUAUUGAGCCUUUAUUAAUAGAUGAAGAUUAUUAUGCAAGAGUAGAAGGAAGAGAAAUUAUCAGUAAUUUAGCAAAGGCAGCAGGAUUAGCUACAAUGAUAGGUAUAAUGAGGCCUGAUAUUGAUCAUCCUGAUGAAUAUGUCAGAAACACAACAGCUAGGGCAUUUGCUGUUGUUGCAUCUGCUCUUGGUAUCCCAUCCUUAAUAUUAUUUUUAAAGGCAGUUUGUCAGUCAAAAAAAAACUGGGAAGCUAGGCAUACAGGGAUUAAAAUAGUUCAACAAAUAGCUAUAUUAAUGGGAUGUGCUGUAUUACCACACUUAAAGCAACUAGUGAAUAUAAUUGCUCAUGGAUUACAUGAUGAACAACAAAAAGUUAGAACAAUCACUGCUUUAGCAUUAGCUGCAUUAGCUGAAGCUUCAGCCCCAUAUGGAAUAGAAGCAUUUGAUUCAGUGCUUAGACCCUUAUGGAAAGGUAUUACUGAAUAUAGAGGAAAGGUUCUUGCUGCAUUUUUAAAAGCUAUUGGUUUGAUUAUACCUCUAAUGGAUUCAUAUCAUGCUAAUUAUUAUACUAGGGAAGUUAUGAUAAUUCUUAUUAAUGAAUUUAAUUCACCAGACGAAGAAAUGAAAAAAAUUGUCUUAAAAUGUGUUAAACAAUGUAUACAAACAGAAGGAAUUGAAAAAGAUUAUAUUAAUCAAGAAAUUGUCAAUCCCUUUUUUGAAAAAUUUUGGGUUAUGAGAAAUUGUAAUGAUAAAAAAAAUUUUACUUUAAUUGUAGAAACUACUGUUGAAAUUGCCAACAAAAUUGGUGGUGCUGUUGUUAUUUCUAGAAUUGUUGAUGAUUUAAAAGAUCCAUCUGAACAGUAUAGAAAAAUGGUCAUGCAAACCAUUCAAAACAUUAUUAAUAAUUUAGGGGUUGAUGAUAUAGAUCAAAAAUUGGAAGAGCAACUAAUUGAUGGAAUUCUAUAUGCUUUUCAAGAACAAGUAUCAGAUGAUUACUAUGUUUUAUUAAAUGCAUUUGAUGUUAUAGUUAAUAAACUAAAAUUAAGAAUGAAACCAUACUUGCCGCAAAUUGCUGGGAUAAUUCGAUGGAGAUUGAACACUCCCCUACCUAAAAUAAGACAACAAAGCGCGGAUCUUAUAUCAAGAAUUGCUAUGCUAAUAAAAAUUUGUGAUGAACAGCAAAUGCUAGGUCAUUUAGCUUUAUAUUUAUAUGAAUAUUUAGGAGAAGAAUAUCCAGAAGUUUUAGGUAAUAUAAUUAGAGCCCUUAAGUCUAUUGUUGUUGUUUUAGGUGUCCAAAAUAUGACACCUCCAAUAAAGGACUUAUUACCAAGAAUUACUCCUAUAUUAAAAAAUAGGCAUGAAAAAGUACAGGAAAAUGUAAUUGAUUUAAUUGGGAUUAUUGCGGAUAAAGGAGGUGACUUAGUUUCCCCCAAAGAAUGGGAUAGAAUAUGUUUUGAUUUAAUUGAAUUAUUAAAAUCCAAUAAAAAAUUAAUUAGAAGAGCAACAAUUCAAACAUUUGGUUAUAUAGCACGCACUAUUGGACCAUUUGAAGUUUUAACUGUUUUAUUAAACAAUUUAAGAGUUCAAGAAAGGCAAUUAAGAGUUUGUACUACAGUGGCAAUAGCAAUAGUUGCAGAUACAUGCUUACCUUAUUCUGUACUUGCAGCAUUGAUGAACGAAUAUAGAACACAAGAUCUUAAUGUUCAAAAUGGAGUAUUAAAAGCUUUAUCUUUUAUGUUUGAAUACAUAGGAGAGAUUGCAAAAGAUUACGUGUAUUCAGUUGUAACAUUACUAGAACAUGCUUUAAUUGAUAGAGAUUUAGUACACAGACAAAUAGCCACUUGGGCAUGUAAACAUUUAGCUUUGGGUUGUUUUGGUUUAAAUAGGGAAGAUGCAUUAAUACAUUUAUUAAAUUACGUAUGGCCAAAUAUCUUUGAAACGUCACCUCAUCUUAUUCAAGCAGUUAUUGAUUCAAUAGAUGGUUUUAGAGUUGCAUUAGGACCUGCUAUCAUUUUUCAAUAUUUAAUUCAAGGUUUAUUUCAUCCAUCAAGAAAAGUUAGAGAAAUUUAUUGGAGAAUUUAUAACAAUGUUUACAUAGGCCAUCAAGAUAGUUUAGUACCUAUUUAUCCACCAUUCGAAAAACUAAAUGAUAGUAAUUUCUCCAGAGAUGAAUUAAAAUACACAUUAUAG